CAUUCCCACGCACACACUCUCUCAGUCUCCACUCUCACACUCACUCCCUUCUCCGCAUUCCACCCCUUCCCACGCGUGGAUCAUCCCCCACAUUGAAAUCCUUCUCUUCAAUCAUUGUCAUCACGUUUUUUUCGUCCACCUGUUCCUCAUUCCAUCAGUCUCUCCUUGAUCCAAUCCGAACAUACUCUUUCCCAGUGCCUUUCUCUUUUCGGUUUGCUGCGCCAAAAGUAGACGGGAAGAGGCAGUAGGGAAUUUGUAACCGCACCACCAGCUUUGUCUGUCGAGGGAAACACCUUCCCUUGGCUGCUGGCGUUGUCUAGACGAUCAUCAUCCGCCAGCGAGUUUUGGUGGAGAAAGGUCGAAUUUGCUGUGGGAGGGAAAGUGAGAGUAAACCAAACUUGUCCCUCUUGAGCUGCGAUAUUCCUGGAACUUUUCGUCCUUCGACACACGCAACAACAGAAGGAAUAAUCCCAACUUCAUCAUGGCCGUCGCUCUCUUCCGCCGCUCCGGCCACAAUUGGGGCCCCCCAAAUCUCGAUGCCAUCGGAGCCGUCUACAUUACCGUCUGUAUCGUCUGGACCUUGCUCUUCGCCGCCGGUCUGAUCACUUUGCUUCAUUUCCGCAAGCUACCGUUUAUUCGCAUGCGCGACAUGACCCUCGUUGCUUCGGCGCUUGUUACUCUUCACGUCUACCUGUUGCUCGAUCUGCUCGUCUAUCCGCUCAAUGGCGCCUUUCCCUGCGGACUCGAAUUCUGGAUCAUGGGCAUCUACCUUCCUCUCGGCUUCGCCUUGUUCCAGGCCCAGAACAUGCAACUCCUCAGCUUGAGCCUCCAGCAGAAGCGCCUCUCGUGGCAGCCGCGCGACCUUUCGGCGCAUGACGACGCGAGGUCCAUCUAUAGCAUUCGCAGCUUGCGCAAGAAGUGGAAUGCAAUGACUUUCUUGCACCGCAUGUACUCGGGCAUUGCCAUUGGCGCUUGUGUUCAGGUCGUUGUGACUUCCUUCCUCUUCUUUGGUUCUCGCAAGUUUCAUGGUUCUUAUGGUGCGUUCUCUGCCGAUGUGAAUCCUGCAAAGUGCCGCAAGGGCUGGGAAUGGUUGCCUUCGAUCGUCUGGCAGUUCGUCUGGACAUAUGGCAUUGGUCCCUAUGUUCUGUUCAAGAUUCGGAAUAUUCGCGAUGUUUACCACUGGUCUUUGCAGACUAAGCUCUCAAUUAUUCUCAGUUUGCCUGGAACGCCUCUCUGGAUUGCUGCCAUUUACUCUGACAAGUUCGCCAACGUCGACCUCUGGUGGCCUGCUCCUAUGUGGUUUGCUCCGGGUCUCAUGGGACUUGAGUUCUUGACCAUCUUCUUCCCUCUUUGGGAAGCGUAUCGGACCAAAGAUCGUCGCCACUCUGCUCAGUCUGCCUUUGACGGAUGGGAGAAGGACCGAUCCGAUGUCGAGUCUAUUGACUGCGCUUCUACCAAGCAAUCCGUCAAUAUCUCCGUUUCGCCUUCUGCCACCAGCAGCGAACGCAAGCGCCGUCACGAUAUUUAUGGCAUGCAGGCUCUGGAGAAGACCCUUGACACCAACGCUGCUGGUCUGUUCAAGUUCGCCGCGACCAAGGAGUUCACUGGAGAGAACAUUGUCUUUUUAACCCAGGUUCGAGAUUGGAGACGCAACUACCUUCAGCUGCUGAGCGAUGGCGCUAUUUCCGUGGAGAACCGACGCAAGAUGUAUGCCGAAGGUGUCAAGAUCUUUUAUCACAACGUCUGCAUGAAGACCUCCGAGUUCCCCGUCAACAUUGAAAGCAAAAUCUACGCCGAUUUGCAGCGCAUGUUCCACUCGUCCAACAUUCCAGCUCCAAAGGCUGUCGUUGCACCGUUUGCUGAUGAUGCCGUCCCGUUGAGCUGGACUCAACCCAAGAACGCCAACAGCAUCCACUCUGAUAAUGAGGAGCUCAUCACAAUUGCUUCGCUCGAUUCAAAUGGUGGUAGCUGGGAAAUUCCCGAUGGAUUUGAUGAGCAUGCUUUUGAUCGCGCCGAGGCGUCGGUAAAGUACAUGGUCUUCACGAAUACCUGGAUCCGCUUUGUUGAUGCUCAGGAGACUGCCAGCAUGGCCAGCACCCAGGGCUCUGGCUCCUCGCGUUCUUCAACGAGUCUGAUGCGUUGGCUCAAGAUGGCGUGAACUUGAGGUUCAUCGAGGCCAUUUGAAAGAUAUUAUUAUCAACUUUUUUUUCGACUUAUGAUGACGCGUGUCAAUUGGAUGAU